AUGCCAGAAAAAAAUGAACUUGAAGAAGAUAAGGGAGACUGUAGACUUAGAUUUUAUUUGAAUAAUUCAACGGAUCCUUUAUCUAAGCAGGAUGCCAUUGCUAUUACUUGGCGUAGUGGGCAAACACGAUUAGUUUUUGAUAUUCAACACGUAUUGAAGAUAACAUUAACCCAGAAAACUGGAUAUUUCGUAAUUUCCACCGAUGGCGUGGCUCAGGUUGAAAAAUUGGAUAAUGGUACGUAUGUAACCAGUGAGGAAGAUCCAACUAAUGGUCAAUUAGCCCAGCAUAGCAAUAAUAUCGAGUGUUUUGUUGAUAUGGAUAAUCCUGUCACCCAACCUAAAUGGACACGGGCAAAUAUCAAUGAAUGGACUAAUGAAGGGUCAAAUUUUAGAAAAAUACUUGAGAUCACGGAUGUAGAAGUGGUUAAGACAUUAGAAGACGUAGUAAAUUCAUGGGCUCGAACUUCUAAUAUUGGUUUACAGAGUGAUAGAAUGCUUUUUGCUAAAGUUCAACUUUGCAAAGUGGAUCGACUUUUUGAAAUAAUUACACGUUUGAUACGUAAAGAAUCUUCUCUUGGGCCAGCCAUUGAUGGGCUAACUAAUCUUAUUAAAGACCUUUCUGAAAAAGCAAACGUGCAAUCUUCUGAAUUAGAAAAAAUAGUAGCUCCCAUCGUGAAUACUAUACCAGAAUAUUUGAUCUUGAGGGCGUUGGAUGCUAUGUGGAAGGCAGAAGAAAGAGAAAACGAGGCAGCGCUUUUUGUUAACUCUUUUUCCCUUAUACAAACAGAUGUAAUUGUUGGUGCACUUCACCUUCUUAAACCCAUUUUCUCAAUAGCGCUUGCGUUAUAUUUAGGAUGGUCUUCGAUCUCGUUUAUAUCAAGCACCUUUCAAAAUGAUCUAGCAUUGGCUGUGUGUCGUUUACCCUUGUCCAAUUUGAUUCCAUUAUGUCAAACACCAAUUCCUGAUUUCUCACGAUUAGUAAAUCGACAGGUUGAAACUUAUGAACAAAUAAUGGAUUAUCAAUUAUCACAUACAGGACCAUCAUCUUCAUUAGCAUUAGAUAUAAAAAAGGCAGAAUUAGCAACAGCAGAUCUAAGAACUUUAAUAAAAUAUUCCUCAUUAUCUACAUCAAAAGAAUUAGUAGAUAGACUUACUGAAUUUGUUGAUAAGGCUAAAAGUGUUGGUAGAGAUUUGCAAAUUUUGCAAUCCAGAACAAGGACUUCAUUAGAUAAUUUGAUUACAUAUAAUAUAUUUGCUUUAAAAGCAUUAGAAAAUGUUAGAGAUAACAAGAUAAGUGCUAAAGAAUUAGCUGCUGGUUAUAAUCAAAUGAUGACUUUGAUUGAAAGUGAUCUAAAAAGAAUGAUACUUGUUGCGACUGAAGCACUUGGAAGUUUGGCAGAUUUGGAUGAAAUGUUAAUAGCGAUUCAUGAUCUAACAACUCGUGAAGGAACAUUUCAAAAAACAGAGCGUGCCAAUUUAUUUGCUCAAAUGUGGACCAGACUUGGAGGCAAUAUAGUGAAAAAACAAAUUUUUGAAGAAAAUUUAGCAUUAUUAAGAGAUCUUGAUAAACAAAGACGUAUUGCAGUUUCUCAAAUACAGACAACAUUAUAUAGUUUAACUUCAUUUCAAUUAGAUUUAGAAGAAUUGAGAGAACAUGUCUCACGACCAUCAUUGGUUGAAAUGCCUAUUGAAGUGCAUAUUGAGAAUGUUGGAAAGGGAAUAGAGAGGUUAAGAACUAGCAAGGUUGCUUUAAGAAGUAAUGACGAUGCGGAUGUAGUUACUUGA